AUGGCCUCCGGCGUUGCAUCCCGAUUAGCCAGUCGAUCGGCACUCCGACCGGCCGCAUCCGCUCUCCGCACGGCAUCAGCGAUCUCCACACCGCUUGCCCGGUCUUUCACGGCAUCGACCCCAGCAGCCUCCACAGCCGUCGCGCGACCGAAGGUCAUGCUCGAAGAUGAGAACGGCUACGGCUUCAUCAGGCACAACCCGCGGGACCCUAAACCUCGCACCAAGUCGGUGACGGAGAUCCGAGGUCCUUACUACUCUGUCAUGGGCAAGCGGUAUCUCGAAGAUGUUCUCGAGACGAUGGGUCACUAUGUAGAUGGCCUCAAAUUCGCUGGCGGCUCCUUCUCCCUAUUCCCAGAGGACAAACUCAAGGAACUAAUCGAUCUCGCCCACCACCACGACGUCUACGUCUCCACGGGCGGCUGGAUCGAGCACGUCCUAACCCAAUCCGCGCCCCUAACCGCCGUCGAUCGCUACCUCGAAACCUGCAAGCGCCUCGGCUUCGACGUCAUCGAGCUCUCCACCGGCUUCCUCUCCCUCCCGCCGUCCGACUGGCUGCGCCUCGUCGAGCGCGUGCAGUCCUUCAACCUCGCCCCCAAGCCCGAGAUCGGGAUCCAGUUCGGCGCCGGCGGCGACACUUCAUCCGCCGGCCUCGAGAGCAUGGGCAGCCAGUCCGACCCGUCCAAGGUCGUCGACCUCGGCAAGCGCUUCAUCGACAUGGGCGUCGAGCGCAUCAUGAUCGAGAGCGAGGGCAUCACCGAGAACGUCACGUCCUGGCGGACGGACGUGAUACAGAAGAUCCUGCGCGACCUGCCGAUGGAGAAGGUCAUGUUCGAGGCGGCGGACCCGGCGGUGUUUAACUGGUAUGUGAGGGAGUUUGGGGUUGAUGUGAAUCUGUUCGUGGAUCACUCGCAGAUUGUGCAGUUGAGCGGGCUGAGGGCUGGGAUUUGGGGAAUGGCGGAUACGUUUGGGAAGAUUACUACUUUCCGAUGA